AGACAGUGGGUGGAGAGAUGUUUCUCUGUUUAGCAGCGAGCAGGAUCUUCACGUGUCCAGUCUCCACACAAACUCUCUGACAGCACUCUGGAUCACACGGGAUCGCUCUUCAGUCAUCUGCUGAGGAGGACAGAACCAGAACCGUAGUCAGGCCAAUGAUGGAGCAGAGAUCGGACAGUCUGGUGUCGGCAGACUCUGAACUGGCGCAGUGUGAGAUGGAGGUCAACACUUUACUGAAGAACAUUUCUGACCUCAACAGGAAGAUGGACUCCCUACAAAUACCACGAGAAAGUCCGGUCGGGCUCAGUGGGUGCUCGAUGGUGGACGCUGGCACAGCAUCAGUGGAGUCCAAAACCAAGACUGUCUGCCGGGACUCAGAAGGGGGCGGUAGUGAGCAGUGGAACGAGCUGCAGAAGGUUCUCUCUGCUCUUGAGACGUCUAGUGGUCAGGGGAGGAAAAUGCUCUUCAGGCUGCAAACUCAAAAUGCUGAGACAAUCCAGGCAAAGCAUCUCUCUGCAGCCCGGGAGAGCUGGGUUCAGGCCACACAGGUGCUGGAGGAGAUGGAGAGGGAGUUGGGGUUCUCGUACCCCUCUGCUCUGCCCCAUGAUGAGAGACGUCAGUAUCAGCGGGAUGUUCUCUCACUCUACAAACACAACCAAGACCUCAACAAGUCACUGAAGAGCCAUCAGGAAGAGCUUGUGGGUGCUGAAAGAGCUCUGAUGUAUCUUGAGGAUGAGAAAAAGUGGCUACAGGAAAAGGUGGUGGACCUGAAGAGGAAAUGGCUGUAUGGAGCGAGUUGUUCUCCUUCUGUCAGUCCUUCAUUGUCCUCCAGUCGAACUUCAAGCCCUUGCUUUUCCUCUCCUCCAUAUCCUGGGUCCCCGCUGCUGUCCCGCAAACUUCCUAGCUCCAGACCGGACUCCCCUUCGUCUCUCUGCACCGUUGAUUCAGUGCUGCAGACUGAGAUCGAAAAACUGCAGAGGUGUCUAGAGCGUCUGAAAGCUAGGAAUGAGCGUCUAAAUGCCGCACUGCUCAGAAGGAAAGGAGAAUCGGAGCAGCUGAGCAUGAGUCUUAGCCGACAGGAGGCAGACAGCUCGGCUCUACACAUGGCUCUGGUGUACUGUGAGGAGUGUGAGGAGGCUUACGGUGAUCUGCUGUCCCUGUCUGAAGCCAGAAAACAACAGAACGCAGAAACAAUUAGCACACCCCAGUCUGAGCACUUGGACAAGGGCGAGUCAUCCUCCAGUCCACCAGAGGGCACUGCUGAGACCAAUCCAAACAGCUUGUCGGAGAAGGAGUUUGAGGACAGGUCUGGUGUACUUCUGCAAAGGAUCUCCAGGCUGAAGCAGGACAGGGCUGCUGUGUGUAUACCACGCCGGGGCGAAGCAGGAGAGGGCAUGAUCAGUCCUGACACUGGCACGCUCGCAGGGGUCAGAGGUCGCACCAGUUCACUUUCCAAAAACACCAAAGAAGAGAAAGCGGCUCUGCUGUAUGAGCUUGUGACAGUCAGGGAGGAGAUGUCAGAGAUGCGUGGGAAUCUGCGGCUCCUGGAGAAAGAGAGGCGGUGUUUGGACCUGGCGCUGAUGGUCCAGAGUGCCCAGGAUUCAGCUGGUGCUCUGAUCCUGGACAGUCUUCGGGGUGAGCUGGGGGACAGGAGAGCCACUCAACAGAGAAUUGCCGAAAAUUUGGCAAAGCUAGAAGGUGGAGGGGGAAUUCCUGGUCCUCGGAUUCACUCUAUCCUAAGAGAACUACAAGCAGCACUGCAAAGGGAACAGUCACUGAGAAAGAGAGUGACAGUUUUACGUGAGUCGCUGGACUCUGCGCUCACAGACAGCACUACUCAGAGAAGGAUCAACAGAGAGGAGAUUGAUCAUCUGUCCCGCUACUACAUUAAAAUUUCAAGCACCUACAGAAGUUCUCGAAAGAAGCAGCAGGAUCAGCUGUGGCAACUGGAGAAGCAAAUCACAGUCAUGAGUGAACGUCAUGCUAAAGAAGAGGCCGAGCUAAGUAAUACACUAGAAGCUAUGGAGUGGAAGAGAGAGGAGACAAUACUCUAGACAGUGCAGUCCUUCUUAAUAUAAUUUCAUUGACAAACAUUUCUGAAGGCUAAUGAUGAACAUUGAUUUUGAGUGAGAGGCUGGGUUUAGAAACACUGAGCAUAUAGAUCAGUGACCUACAAAAAUAAAUUGCAGCACCAGGAUGCACCAUUUGGUCAUAAGGUAAUUGGUUUGAUGGCUAUACUGACUCCUGUUGGUGUAGAUGCAGCAUCACACAACACAUUUUUUUAACCUACUGAUUGUACAGUAGGAAUACUCUUCAGAGACAUAUUUUUAACUGAACAUAUUAGUAAUUUUGACAGUUUCUCGCAGUGUACAUCAUGUAAGUUGACAAGUAGCCAAGACUGCAAGUAUAGCUAUUGGGAAAGGUCAGUUAUUCUAGGCCUUGAUAUUACUAAUAAAUCUCUAUAUCAUCAUGGAUGUAAAUCAUUUUACAAAUAUUUGCUUGUAAGUAUUAUUCCUUUCUAUUUGUACAGAUAUACUGUAUAUGCAUGUGAAAAAUUGCAUGCAAAUUUUGUUUAUCAUUUUAAACUUAUGUUUUUUUUUUACAUAAUGAAUUAAACAGUUACAAUUUUGAUGUAGUUUAAAACCUACUGUGAUCUGGUAGCUUGCUGUAUGAAAACAGGCAACAACAACAACAGGUGCACGUGCAUUAGAAAAACAUUGUAUCAGUUUUGUCCAUCUAACACAAUUCGCUAUCGCAUUGACAGAUAUCGCUAUACAAAUGCUGUAUAGCGGUAAAAGUUCCCCAAUCAUGCCAUUUUAAGGUGCCUAAUAUUGUUUGUGAGUGUCCUAUAAUAGGUUUACUUGCAUACAUGCAAGGUCAAAAACGUUUUAAUUUUUUUCAAAAUAUGUUUUAAUAUUAACUGAUUCUCCAAUGAUCCUCAAACGAUUUGUUCGAAGCAAUUCAAAGUUCUUUAAACCCUUCCUUUCUGUGAGACUACUGUGCUCUGAUUGGUCAUGGACCAUUCUGUUGUGAUAGGUCUAAAGCAUAUAACAUGUGUCAGAAAUGAUAUGCCCAUUGUUCCAUAUUUUGAAUGAUAGAAAAUAUAAAAAUCUAUUAUUUUUCAUAUUUACAGGUUGUAAUUCAGUGGAGUCAGCUGUUCUUUCAAGGGCAAUUCUGUGAAUCCUGCAUUGAACUCCCCGAGAUUAGAGAACCAGUUGCCAGUAAAAUAAACGGAAUGCAAAAAAAAAAAAAAA